AUGUCGAGAUACCCAGAGGCAGACGAAGCCCAGUGUGGUCAUUACAACGAUGGAUACAGCCCUUACCCAUACGACCAGCGGCAAUCGCAGUAUGACCCGUACGGGACGCAGUACGAACAGAACCAGCACACUUCGAGUCAGCCUUACCACCUCUCGGAUCCGUUCUCGACACCUCAGAUUCAACCAGCCUCGUUUUCAUCGACACCUGCUCACGAUCCCUACCAGGCUCAGCACGACGCGUACGCUCCCCACGAUACAUAUCCGGUGCAUACUCCGACCCCGCAUCCAAUCCAUACGCUGUCAACUGAAGCCGACGAAGAGGGUGACAUUCCACUUAUCCAGAGGGAAAUUCCGUACCAGCGCAUCAGGAUACCGGGUAGCUAUGAGCAAGUGGCGGGUCUCGACGACCAGCCUGAAACCAAUAUCCGCUAUGGGCGCAUCCCUCAGCGGGUGCCCCGGCGGUACAAGACGCUCAAGAAAGUUGAACUGUUCCACGGAAAUCUCGUACUAGAUUCAGCGGUGCCAUCGAAACUGCUGGACAUGUGCGCUUUGCGGAAUGAACGGGAGUUUACGCAUAUGCGAUACUCGGCGGCCGACAUGUCGAUGCAUGGGGUCAUGAAAAACAUUGCGCAUCUGUGUAAGCGGGACCGUAGUAAAACAUGGGGAAAAGAAGGAUGGAAGAAGGUGGUUGUAUGUAUCGUUAGUGAUGGUCGACAGAAGAUCAACUCUCGAACACUGAGCGUCAUCGCAACAAUGGGAGCUUACCAGGACGGAAUUGCAAAGAACAUUGUGAACGGCAAACCAGUCACAGCUCACAUUUAUGAGUACACGACGCAGAUCUCCGUAUCCCCUUCGAUGAAAAUCGAGGGUGCCGAAAAGGGCAUCGUGCCAGUUCAAGUUAUAUUUUGCCUCAAGGAGCAGAAUCAAAAGAAAAUUAACUCCCAUCGGUGGUUCUUUAAUGCUUUUGGACCGAUCCUACAGCCUAAUGUAUGCGUGCUCCUUGACGUCGGGACUAUGCCGGGUACCACAUCCAUAUAUCACCUGUGGAAGGCCUUUGACAUUAACUCGAAUGUCGGCGGGGCUUGUGGGGAGAUCGUUGCCUUAAAGGGCAAGUACGGGCAGUAUCUCAUCAAUCCACUUGUCGCGGCGCAGAACUUUGAGUACAAGAUGUCGAAUAUCCUGGAUAAACCUUUGGAGAGUGUUUUCGGAUACAUCACCGUACUACCCGGUGCAUUCAGUGCAUACCGCUAUAUCGCACUGCAGAACGAUACUACGGGGGAAGGGCCACUGCAGAAGUACUUUUUGGGUGAGAAAAUGCAUGGGGCCGGUGCAGACAUCUUCACUGCCAAUAUGUACCUUGCAGAGGAUCGGAUAUUGUGCUGGGAGUUGGUCUCGAAGCGAGGAGGUUCAUGGAUCUUGCACUAUGUCAAGUCAGCUUAUGCUGUCACUGACGUGCCCGACCAGGUUCCGGAGCUGAUAUCACAGCGGCGGCGCUGGCUCAACGGGUCCUUCUUCGCUGCCAUUCACAGUCUUGUCCAUUUUCACUAUUUAUAUCGCUCCUCGCACGGCUUCGCUCGCAAGUUCUGGAUACAUGUCGAGAUGUUUUAUCAGCUGUACAAUCUUAUCUUUGCGUGGUUCGCACUUGGCAAUUAUUAUAUUGCUUUUGUUAUCCUUUCAAAUGCCCUGGAGAGCUACGUGCCAAAGCUGCACAUUCUCAAUCUUAUUCUUAACUACUUUUACCUUGGACUGCUUAUCAUGUGUUUCCUGCUUUCCCUUGGAAAUCGUCCCCAGGGAUCCAAGUGGGGGUAUACGCUCGCCUUCAUCGGCUUCGGAUUCGUCACAAUCUACAUGACCUUCUCUGCCCUCUAUCUCGCGAUUAAAGGUAUAGAAGAGGUGACAGCUGCAGACGGCUCUAUCAAAGCAACCGACCUUUUCUCGAACUCGAUUUUCAGAAAUAUCGUGUUGUCACUUGCUGCAACCCUUGGACUCUACGUGGCUGCGUCGCUUAUCUUCUUUGAACCUUGGCACAUGAUAACGUCCUUCGUGCAGUACCUGUUGAUGGCUCCGUCCUACAUUGCAGUCUUGAACGUCUACGCUUUUGCCAACGUACACGACGUGUCCUGGGGUACCAAAGGCGACAACAAAGUCUCCACCGACCUGGGGGUUGUUUCCGUUGGGAAGAACAAGAACGAAGUUGAAGUGGCUGUCCCCACUGCUGAGACAGAUAUCAAUGCAGCAUACGAGGAUGCGAUAUGUGUUCUCUCCACUAAGCCGCCAAAGGAAGAACGCAAAGUCGACCCUGCUACGAAGCAAGAGGAUUACUACAAGACGUUUAGAACUAAUGUAUUACUGGUUUGGACACUGAGCAAUGCAUUGCUAGCAGCAGUCGUCGUAUCUGCAACGCCAAGCCCGGAGAGCGGUCAAGUGUCCAAUUCGGUAGAUGGCUAUAUGGCAUUUAUCCUAUUUUCAGUCGUCGGACUUGCGUUCGUGCGGUUCAUUGGAUCGACGACGUAUAUGUUGGUACGCCUGUUCGCUGGAGAGUGA